CUGUGGGUUCCUAUGCAGAUCAAUCUCCAUGAAAAGACUCACAGCAAGAUACAAUGGAUAAAGGGAGACACUGAGCCAAGUCACCAAGAAAAGACAGAUGACUUAAAAGAGGAAAGCAAUUCUGAGAUUGUAUUCAUAUUCUAACUGAGUGAGUAACAGUGUAAACUAAAUUUAAAAAAAAAGACGCAUUAAAAUUUCAAGAGGAACUUCACAUUGGGAAAGGAAUUCUAUAAGACAUCACCCGUUAUACAGAAGGACAGCAUUUUUCAAGGACAUUUAAUUCAUCAUGGUUACACUCGACACUCGUUCUGUGACCACGCCUGUUGGCAUUCUACGGAUGUUUGAGGUUGUGCUGUCAUGUGUCAUCUUCAGUCUGGUGGCCUCUGUGGGGCACGACAACUUAUCAUACUGGGCCUGGUGCAUGUUUACUUGGUGCUUCUGCUGCUUCAUGACUCUUUUAAUCCUUAUCCUGGAGUUAACUAAUCUCAAUGUAAAGGUGCCCAUCUCCUGGGAUGACUUCACUACUGCAUUUGCUAUGCUGUCUACACUAAUGAUAUUUGCUGCCUCAGUCAUCUACCCAACCUUUUUUAUUUGUUCAUCUUGUUCUCGCCAAAUUGUUGCUACCGUCAUGUCCUGCCUGUGCUUUAUUGCAUAUGCUGUGGAGGUAGGCCUGACCCGGGCAAGACCUGGUGAGAUCAGUGGCUUCCUUUCGACAGUUCCAGGCCUUAUGAAGGUUCUUGAAGCUUUUGUUGCCUGCAUCAUCUUCAUCUCCCUCACCCCAGUCAAAGAACCUGCCUUGCAGUGGUGUGUGGCGGUUUACUCACUUUGUUUCAUUUUUGCUCUCCUCAUUAUCAUCCUCACUAUCUGCAGGCUGCUGACUUUGUUCCCCUUUCCUUUUGACAAAGUCCUUACUGGUUACAAUGUGCUUGCUGUUAUGAUGUACAUGACAGUAGUAGUUAUAUGGCCUCUUUACAAUUUCCAAAAUAAUCCAAGACCGGCAAACUGCAGUCACUGUUAUUGGGACAACCAAUUGGUAGUGUCCUUUAUGUCCUGUGUUAACCUCAUUGUUUAUAUUGUGGACACAUGCUACUCAAUCCGCCUAGUAUUCAUCACACCUGCUUAAGAGAAGAUAAUUGUUAUGGUAACUUUGCAAGCAUAAUAAAUAAGUGUGUUUUGUUUAUUUCUGUAAGAUUAAUUAAGGAAAUUCAAUACAAAUUCCUAUGAUAACCUGGCAAUACAAAUAAUAAAACUACAUCUAUCUAUCUAUCUAUCUAUCUAUCUAUCUAUCUAUCUAUGUCUAACUAGUAAAACCUACAUAUAUAUUUUUAAAAGCACUCAAAAUAGCAUCCAUAGAGUGUCAAACUACACUGCUCCUCUUUCUUUCUUUAAUUUUUAAAUGAUAAUAUUUUGCUCACUGGAGCUAGUUUGGACUGUUUUUAUGAUGAUUUUACAUUCUGUUGUGUUGUUUACCAUUUCAUAAAUCACAAAAAUAUAAUUAUAAAUAAAUUAUAUUUUAAUACGCAA